AUGCUCGAUUGCGACUUGGAUUCUUCAAAAAUGGCCGACUCGGAAAAGGGUCAAUUCCUGCCAGUCACCGCGUUACUACCCUCUAAUGUUUCGGCCCAACUGGACUUGCCGUCUGAAGUCUUAACGGAAGCAAACGAGAAUGAGAGAGAUGCGCUCGAAAAACAGAUUCGACUCAAAGUCGAUUUACGCCUCUGCACCAUUGCAGGCCUACUGUGCAGUCUCAACCUAUUAGAUUCAGGCAUUCUGUCCUCUGCAUCGGUAACAACCAUGCUAGAAGACCUGGAAUUAAACCACGGCAACCGAUACUCAGUGUCCAUCUUCAUUUUCACAAUCGCCAAUGUUGCAUUCCAGCUACCAUGCACACUAGCCGUGCGAUUCGUCGGACCUCGGCUGUGGUUCGCGACAAUCACAUUUCUCUUCGGGCUGUUGACAAUGUGUACCGCGUUCAUUCAUACCUGGGGCCAGAUGAUCGCUUUGCGAAUUUUGCUGGGAAUCUCCAUGUCCGGCAUCUACCCUGGUCUCACCUACCUGAUCAGCACUUGGUAUCCCCGACGAGAGCAGCAGCUCCGAUAUGCGUAUCUGCAGUCUGGGGAGGUGUUCGUCUUUGCCACAGGCAACAUAGUGAAUUUUGGUCUGAACCAUCUAAAUGGCAAGGCUGGGCUGGCUGGAUGGCGUUGGAUGUACCUUGUUCAGGGUCUGAUUACCUGCUUUUUGGGCUUCGUCACUUAUUGGUGGAUGGUCGACUUUCCAGAGAAUGCCCAACACAGCUUCUACUUCUUGACGGCAAAAGAGGCGCAUAUUGCCUCUCGUCGUAUUCAAGAUGAUCGUGCAGAUCUUGUGCCUGAGCCGUUCUCGUGGGGAACGCUGUUGGCUGCCUUUAAGGAUCUGAAGAUCUACGGAUUCGCAUGCAUGUUCUUCUUGCUGAAUUCUAUUACCACUGCCUUGGCAUAUUUUUUGCCAAUAAUCCUACAAUCUGGAAUGGGGUUCAGUUCAAAUAAGUCAAUUUUGCUUGCCACGCCGCCAUAUUAUUACGCCAUUAUCCCCGUCAUUCUCACCUCCUUUAUUGGAGAUCACUAUGGCGUUCGAGGUCCACUAAUUACAUUCAAUGCUCUUAUGCUCAUAGCCGGAUUCCUAAUGUUUGGACUUCCUUCCUCUUCACAGCUCGCUGUGCGGUAUAUUGGGACGUUCUUGGCAACCGGUGCCUAUGUCUCGAACUGGGCUGCCCUCAAUGCUUUCCAAGCCAAUAAUAUCGUUGGUCAAUGGAAGCGAGUGGCUACUGCAGCGACUAUCACUGCUUUCAAUGGUCUAGGUGGCGUGGCAGGUAGUUAUAUUGUGCGUCAGCAAGAAGCACCGCAGUAUUCAACCGCAGUUUGGGUGUCGAUUGGCUCUCACAUCCUGAUGAUUGGUAUCUUGGGCAUGUUCACGAUCUACUUUUACAUCGCGAAUCGACAGCAAGCAAGCGGGGCAAAAAUACUGGAGGGUGUGCCUGGCUUUCGAUACACGUUUUGA